UUGUUCGCAGCUUGCAUUUGGAGCAGGGAAGGCGACUGCAUGGAUAGCGACAAUAACGACGACCCGGAUUUCACGCAUGCAGUCGUUUUGCUUAAACCAAAAUUGCAUCUUAGCUUUAUGAUCAGUGGCGGCAGCAGCGGUGCCAUGAACAGUGGACUCCCACCUUCAGCUGCUCCGCUCGGGGGUGCCGGGAUACCCAAUGUCAAGGUGAAGUUUUGCCGAUACUACGCGAAAGACAAAACCUGCUUUUAUGGAGAUGAGUGUCAGUUCCUACACGAGGAUCCGUCCAUGGCAAGCCUGCCGCUGCACGGCGGCGGCGGGAGCCCCGUCCCCUUGCCUAUGGCCGGUGGUGGCGGGACACCCUCGGGGUAUUCCCUUGGAAAUACGGCGGCGGCCAUUCCGGGCGGCGGAGGGACCAGUGUGUCCAAGAAGACCGAAGCAUUGGGGCCUGCAGGCACGUCUCUGGAGGGGCAGUUGCUGGCCAUCCCAGGAAUGGAGGGUGCAACUCUGAGCGAUGCCAAUCUUACAAACUCUUACUUCAGCAGCAGCUUUAUUGGAGUCAAUGGGUUCGGAAGCCCGGCGGAGUCAAAAUAUUCAAUGAUGCAGCGAAUGACUACCAGCAGCAGCUCUCCCAGUCUUCUUAACGAUGGUGCCAAGAAUUUCAGCCACAGCGCUCAUGAUCCAGUGAACUCCUCGACAUCCUCACUGUUCAGUGAUUUUGGUGCUCUUAGCAUUUCCCAAAGGAGAAAGACUCCUAACCCAGCAGCAAGUGAGUUCAUCCCAAAGGGAGCUCCACGCAUGGCCACCUUGGCACAAUCUGCUGUCCAGGCUUUCCCCUCUCCCCUCUUCGCACAUCCUGGUCUCAGCAGUUCAGCUGCUGCUCUGGCUCCAGGUAUGUCUUUGUCUGCUGGAUCUUCUCCUCUCCACUCCCCGAAGAUUACACCUCACACCUCACCUGCUCCUCGUCGGCGCAGUCACACCCCAAACCCAGCCAAUUACAUGGUGCCCACCACUGCGUCUGACCAGGGCGCACACAUCAUCCAGAAAGAGACUGUAGGGGGGACCACCUACUUCUACACCGACAACACCCCAGCACCGAUGGCAGGGAUGGUGUUUCCUACCUACCAUAUCUAUCCAUCCACAGCGCCCAACGUGGCUUACAUGCAGCCGAAAGCCAAUGCCCCGUCCUUCUUCAUGGCUGAUGAGCUCCGACAGGAGUUGAUUAACAGACAUCUGAUAACUAUGGCCCAAAUCGACCAUUCGGAGAACCCAGGUACCGCGUCAGCUCUAGCUCUGACUGAUGUACCAUCUGAGGUGGACAGUUACCACAGUCUAUUCCCCCUCGAGCCCCUUCCCCCACCAAACCGCAUGCAGAUGCAGAAGACCAGCAACUUUAGCUACAUCACCUCCUGUUACAAGGCUGUCAACAGCAAGGAUGACCUGCCUUACUGCCUGAGGAGGAUACAUGGUUUCCGCCUUGUUAACACAAAGUGCAUGAUGCUGGUGGAUAUGUGGAAGAAGAUUCAGCACUCAAAUGCGGUAACACUGAGAGAGGUCUUCACCACUAAGGCCUUUGGAGACCACUCGUUGGUUUUCUCUUAUGACUUCCAUGCAGGUGCAGAAACAAUGUUUAGCAGACAUUUUAAUGACCCAGCAGCAGACUCGUACUUCACGAAGAGGAAAUGGGGGCAACACGAACCGCCUCCACCAAGGCAGCAUGCAGGUUUGCUGCCAGAGUCUCUGAUCUGGGCUUACAUCGUCCAGCUCAGCUCGGCCUUGCGGACCAUUCACACUGCUGGCUUGGCCUGUCGGGUGAUGGACCCCAGCAAGAUUCUUAUCACUGGCAAGACCAGGUUACGAGUAAACUGUGUCGGGGUGUUUGAUGUCUUAACCUUUGACAACAGUCAGACCAACCAUCUCGCCCUGAUGCCACAGUACCAGCAAGCAGAUCUAGUGUCGCUGGGCAAGGUGGUGCUGGCUUUAGCGUGUAAUUCCCUGGUUGGCAUUCAAAGGGAGAACCUGCAGAAGGCCAUGGAGCUUGUGUCUAUAAACUAUUCUUCAGACCUCAAGAACCUCAUUCUUUACCUGCUGACUGAACAGUCUCGCCUGCGCAGUGUCAACGACAUCAUGCCCAUGAUUGGGGCCCGCUUCUACACUCAGCUGGAUGCGUCGCAGAUGAGGAAUGAUGUCAUUGAGGAGGACCUGGCCAAGGAAGUGCAAAAUGGCCGCCUCUUCCGCCUGCUCGCCAAACUGGGCACCAUAAACGAGCGGCCUGAGUUUCAGAAGGACCCCACGUGGUCGGAGACGGGCGACCGCUACCUGUUGAAGCUUUUCCGGGAUCACCUGUUUCACCAGGUGACGGAUACGGGGACGCCCUGGAUUGAUCUCAGCCACAUUGUUUCCUGCCUCAACAAGCUGGACGCCGGCGUUCCUGAGAAGAUCAGUCUGGUUUCUCGGGAUGAGAAAAGCGUCCUGGUUGUGACUUACUCGGACCUGAAGCGCUGCUUUGACAGUACCUUCCAGGAGCUGCAGGCUGCUGCCGCCGGCUCUCUGUAGCGCCCCCUUUGGGCCCGGGGUGGGACUGCCCCCGGAGCGCAGCAUUGCACUACAGCGGAGGACCGGGCUCAGCAAACAUCAGCUGGGUGAAGGCAGCGGGGCAGGGCUUCGUGAACCUCAGUCACAUACACUGAUCCCUGUCCACCAGGAAGGCUUUUCUAAAGUGUAUUUUUUUUUAGUUUUCUUAAAACCUGCAGCUGAAAACUUAAAACGAAAAGAAAAAAAAAAAGGAAAAACUCGGAAGCUGUGAUGUAUGACAUUUUUUUAGAUUUGGGGAACAAAACGAGAAACAAACAUGAGGUUUUGAACUUUUUCCUGCUUUUAUUGUUUAUUUCUACAGUUGAGGUUUAUUUUUCUGAGGAGGAUGCACUAAGAUUUUAAUUUUUUGUUAAUUUUUUGUUAUUUUUAUGAAUAUGUGUGAGUGGCCCACAGGGUGAACAGAGAAUUAAAGUCACACACAUACACAAACAAACAUGGACAUGUGUACCAGAACAGACUCACAAUUUCAAGAAUACAAAAAAGAAAAAAAAAAAAAAAAAGAAAAUCAGCUUUCUUUCAACUGCAUCUCUCUGCCGGUUGGAGACCACACCCCUUCAUUCUAACGCACUAGGAGACGGGACACACCACUCAAGGCCUUCAUCGGGGUGGGAUCGCACCUGUUUCAUGAAAUGGGUGGUCUCACCUUAGCUUUGGUUGUUGGUUCCCCUUGAGAAAGGACAGACCACUUGGGAGGGGGGGGGGUGGAAGCGUUUGUAAAACUGGAAAAUUUGGAUUUCUGACAUUUUUGUUCAGGAGAUUAAAGAACUAUCAGCUCAUAUUUGCGGGUGGGCAGGCUUGGACUCGGGACCAGGGAGGUGAAGCAUGGUUUCUAUGGCACUGAGGAGGGAGCGUCUUCUCCUGAGGCCGUCUACCAAGUGUUUGUUACAUAUGCAGCAACCACCUUUUGUUAAUGGACACUUUUGUGACCUCAAUUUCUCAAGGACGGGUCAUUUUUGGGUCUGGGUUCAGCUCACGAGUGGGGCCUCAGAGGAGGUGGAGCCGCAGCUGCCUCUUUGUGGAAUGUCCUUAUUUCGUUCCCCCUGCGUCUCUCUUAACCCUCCCAUUUCUUUCUUCCUGUUAUCCCAAGCUUCACUUCCCUUUACGGGGGUGCACAUCUUGAGAAAAAGCAAGGCUUUUUUGUGACUUUUUACCAGCUUCUUUUUCUCUUUGCCAAGCUGUUGUGCAGGAAUACACUUUGGGAAUUAAGAGGGCGAUUCAUUUUUGCCUCCCUUUUGCUCUUUAUUAUGCGGUGGACCAAUUUGAGCAGGGGUUUAACGUAUAGGGGAAGGGAUGGAGGGCAAAGGAGGAAGGGAACACUGACUGUAAUUUGUUGUUUUAUUUGACUUUUUAAGAUCAUAAAUGUGCUGGAGACUAAGCAAUGGUGCUGGCUGCUGCACUCACCCGGAUGGCUUGGAUUUCUCUCAGGAUGACAAACCGCUGGAGGGGCCCGAUGAUUGAAUGUGUUUGGCUGUCAUUGGCUGCCCCGUGUCCAGUCAGAUGAGUUUCAGGGGAGUGGGCGGGACAUCUUCAGAUGGAGGUUUUAGGAAGUUAACCGAAGUUCAAGGCAUUGUGGAGAUCAUGCUGCGAGGGAUUUGUUGUUGCCCAGAAGCACAGAUCUGCUUUCAUUUCACUUUCAUUUUCAACAUUAAGACAGAAUUGGUGCAACUCAGUUUUACCCAUUUCAAAAGAACAGUCCGAACUCUAGCAGACCACUGGUCUUGGUUCCUCUGCCUUUGUCCCAUCAUUUGAAUGUGCACAAACGUGAGCCUUUGGAGCUGCAGGGUCACAUGUAGGAACCACAAUUCAAAUAAAGGUGGAGCCCGGAAUCGAGCACAAAGCUUUGGCUGCAAUCUGUUUUUCACAACUUGUUCUUAAAUUGGAGGUCUGUUCCUCGGGGCAACAAUCAUGCAGGGAGCUGUCUGUGUUAGAUCAUGUACUACUUCCUCUGUUCUCGUGAAAUGAACAGAUGGAACAUAUUUGGUGAAUGUGGUGCUUUAGAGAACCCUCAGCACACAAGCUCACACACUUCAAAACGCAUCCACACACCCCUCGACUCGGCCUACAUAACGUCAGUGCUCAUGUCACCGUUUUCAGCAUCAUUUCAAACACACUCCAGUUAAUUAGUGAUGACCUUAUUCUCCUACCCCACAACAACACACCUACAAUCACCAUCUUAGUAUGUUUUAUGCCCCUCUUGUGUUCUUGUCUCAAAUUUUGCAAUAUUUGUGUGUACAGCAGUAUUUUAAUAAAGAAUACCAAAACUGA